AUGGGCUCCGUUGUCAUCCCCCAUCUUGUCACCGGCUGGCACGUUGACCAAGCCAUCAUGUCCGAGGAGGACCGGCUCGUCGUAAUCCGCUUCGGUCGCGACUGGGAUCCCGACUGCAUGCGGCAAGACGAGGUUCUCUACAAGAUCGCCGACCGCGUCAAGAACUUUGCCGUUAUCUACGUUUGCGACAUCGACCAGGUGCCCGACUUCAAACAGAUGUACGAACUUUACGAUACAGUCACGCUGAUGUUUUUCUUCCGAAAUAAGCACAUGAUGUGCGAUUUCGGGACGGGCAACAAUAACAAGCUGAACUGGGUGUUGGAGGACAAGCAGGAACUCAUUGAUAUCAUCGAGACGAUCUACAAGGGCGCGAAGAAGGGCCGCGGCUUGGUGGUUAGCCCCAAGGAUUACUCCACCAGGUACCGGUACUAG